AUGAUAUCUAAUCCAAAAAUUAAUUACAUAACAUAACAUUCACCGAUUCCAAUUUUUCAUAAAUCCAAAAUUCCCUUCCACUUUUUAUUUAAACAAAACACAUAUUUAUCAAUAUGUCUAAUAUCAAUAAUAUGGUUUCUAUAAAUGAACAAUGGGGAAUUUCAAAAUCUUUAUCACAUUCAUCAAAAUCAAGUGAUAAUUCAAAAAUUUAAGAAUAUGCGUAAAUUAGAAAGUGUCAACUAUUAAAUGUAAACAAUCUUAAAUCUUAAUAAAAAAUAUUAAGAGACAACUCAAAACAUUAAGGAUAAUAAUAAAUUAAUCAAUCAAAAAUAAAGUAUUGAGAGAAGUGCUAAUUCUUAUCCUGUCACUAAAAUAUAAUCUACUAACAUUCAGCUACCAAAAAAAAGAUAAACUUAAUUAUAAUCUUAUACAAUCCAAGAAGUAAUUUUAAAUUUAUAUUAUUCUAAGGUCUAAUUACACAAUACUUAAGAGGAUGCAUGGAUUGUUUUAUCAGACAACAUUUAUGAUAUUACUUAUUACAUAGAUUAGCAUCCUGGAGGUAGAGAAUAAAUACUUCUAGGAAUUGGAAAGGAUGCAACAUUCCUCUUUCUCUAACAUCAUCCUUGGAUUAACUUUCAUUAUAUUCUUGAAAAAUUCUAAGUUGGAUAUUUAGUAAAAUGA